AUGAGCGUCCGUGCGUUUGACUGGCAGGCAGAGUUCGCCAAGGACGAGCGCGUUACCGCGAUGGAUCAGUCGUGCUUGACCAUCCGUCGUUGGCUCAAGCGGGCCAAGCGCGAAGGCAAUGCGUCAUCACGUGAUACGGCAACGUCCGCAACGGUGCCUUCUGCGCCUGGAUCAAACCCGGCGCUGGCCGAGGCCGCAGACCAAUCUAUCGAUGUGAAAUUGGCUGCCGCGCCGUCUGUUGAACCCGCGGCACUUGCUCCCAUCGACAGCGCGAACCAGCAGAUCGACAUUGACAUGGGCCUCUCGGACGGCAUGGCAUCGACCUGUCAUCUGCGCGAGUCGCAAGCUGGCGAUCAAGAUGUGGACAUGGAAGAAGGCGAGAACGACUGCCCCCUCUGCAAGGAGGACCGCGACGACAGUGAUAGCCUGCUCUGCGACACUUGCGACCAAGUGUACCACACGUAUUGCGUCGGGCUCUACGCUGUGCCCAAGGACAAUUGGUUCUGCCCUGUGUGUGCGCCAGCGCACGAAACUCCGAGCUCACGUUGCGCCCCCGAGCAGUUGUUCAAGGAGCUUCAAGAGCUGAACGGGAUGCUCGUUCACGCGUGCAGCUGCGAUGCGGCGGCGUGCACCGAUGCAACGUUCAGCGCGACGUGCAAGCCGAUGAAGCUGGCGCUCCAAUGCAUGAGUUGGCUCUCGUUCAACGCCGAUAUCCGACCCACGAGCUUCAUCGAGCACUUGGCAAAACUCUUGGCCUUUCACGCCGCGCACUGCGCGGUCGGCGACACCUGCCUCGUUCCGCUUUGCCACACGCUUCGUCUGCAAGGCGCCUAA